UCCCCUCCCCAUCCCCACCCUCAGCCCUACCGGCCCGGUGCGGCUCUCCGCCCGGCCCCGCCGGAGACAAAGGGUCAGCAGCAUCGGCGUUGACCGACCUGCAUCAUCCCCGUCCUUUCAGAUUUCCAGCAUCUUGCCGAGCGAGUCAGCGAACUCCUGUUGUUGCUGCGGGUGUUGGAAAACUGUCAGAUGAGGUUCGAGUCGAUCUUGACCCGACACCCUGUUCUACACGCGCCAUGGUGGUGGAAACAAUUUCACAAGGAGGACCGCCCCUGAACUCCUCAUCUGAUCCAGGAAACAGAGUUCAGAAACAUGGCUGCCAACCUGGAACGCACCUUCAUUGCUGUGAAGCCAGAUGGCGUCCAGCGAGGAAUUGUUGGAGAUAUCAUCAAACGCUUUGAACAGAAGGGGUUUAAACUGGUUGCCAUGAAGUUUCUCCAGGCAUCUUCUUCCCUACUUGAGAAACACUACGAGGAGCUUUCAGAUAAACCGUUUUAUCGCAAGCUGGUCGAGUACAUGAGCUCUGGACCUGUCGUUGCCAUGGUGUGGGAAGGUCUGAAUGUGGUGAAGACUGCCAGGGUGAUGCUGGGUGAAACCAACCCUGCCGACUCCAAGCCUGGCACCAUCCGUGGAGACUUCUGUAUCCAGAUUGGCAGAAACAUCAUCCAUGGGAGUGACUCUGUUCCAAGUGCACAGAAGGAGAUCUGUUUGUGGUUCAAACCAGAGGAGUUAGUGAACUACAAGAACUGUGCCCAUGAUUGGAUCUAUGAGUGAAUCAUUCCAGGAGUACACAAUCCCACCUUAUCUGCAUCAUUCCAAAUGGCUUAGACAUUUUUUAUUGAUUUUAUGUAUCAUGUUGACCCUGAAUGCUAGGGUAGAUAAAUUGUCCAAUAAACAUGUUUAAAAGA